GGUCCGGGUACCCGGGUCAAGGUAGGUGAUUGACAUCACUGGGCGCUAAUGCAGACCUCCUGAGUACCAUGGGGGUCCACGUCGCGAUCCCAUCUCUUCAUCUUCCUGCCAUCAUCAUCCCCCUGGCACUCCUUUGCAUGACGGACGCGCCGCUGCAGAAAGUCAUCGUAACCGGCGCUGCAGGCUACGUCGGCUCCCACGUCACCUACGUACUGCAGAAGACACGCCGCUACAAAGUCAUCUCCUUGGACAACUAUCAUAACUCCCAUCCGGAGGUUUACAAGCGUCUCGAGCAGAUCGCGCGGGAUGAGUUGCCUGUGAACCCCUCCGUGCAGGAUAUCGAGUCCACGAAGAUCGAGUACCACAAUGUUGAUUUGACGGAUGAGGCGUCUAUACGUGCAGUCUUCGAUAAGUACGGGAAGGGUGGCAUCUGGGGAGUCAUUCAUAUAGCGGCAUGGAAGGCCGUCGGUGAAUCCACGCGCAUUCCCCUCACCUACUACCGCAAUAACGUCUCCAGCACCAUCACCCUCCUCCAACUCAUGGACGAAUUCGACUGCACGCGCAUCGUCUACUCGUCCUCGGCGACCGUCUACGGCGUGCCACCGAAGAUUCCCAUCCCGGAGUCGACGCGCUUGCAGGCGCUCAGCCCGUAUGGGAAUACGAAGAUCGUGUGCGAGAAUAUCAUCAAGGACCUUUGUGCAUCGGAUCCGCAGCGGUGGCGUGGGUUGUCGUUGCGGUAUUUCAAUCCAGGCGGCGCGCAUCCUUCGGGCCUUAUUGGCGAAGACCCUGUGGGGAGGCCAAAUAACUUGCUACCUAUUCUCGCCCAGAUGGCCGUUGGUCGCAUCGAGCCCAAGCUAUCCGUCUACGGGAAUGACUACCCUGGUACUCCCGACGGCACCUGCGUCCGGGACUACCUCCAUGUCGUUGACCUUGCGGCAGGGCACCAGCUGGCUCUUGACGCGCUGUCCGACUCAGACAACUCAAAAGUUUUCCCACCUGGCACCGACAACUACUACAAAGCCUACAACCUCGGGCGCGGACAAGGCGUCAGCGUCCUUCAGAUGGUGGAGGCAAUGCGCAAGGCGACCGGCUGCGACUACAAGGUUGAGAUCGUAGGAAGGAGGAAGGGCGAUGUUCCUGAUCUUACAGCGGAUCCUACCCUCGCGGAGAAGGAAUUGGGCUUCAAGGCGCCCCAGUCGCUGGAAGCAAUGUGCCGGGAUUUGUGGAACUGGCAAAGCAAGAAUCCAAAUGGCUAUAGGGUGUAGUCAGCCGGCGCUUGCGAACUGGCCGUAGGUGUAGCCCGAGUCGGACAUUGCAUGGACGGUCUGGCGGUGUUUGGCUUUCCGACAGCCUUAGCAAUGUAGGUCCUGCUAGGAUAGCUGCACGGAAGGUGAUACUCGGCCAAAGAAUUUGCCGAGUGCCUUCGACGCUAUGUCCGAGUGAUUCAUGGCGGUCCCUUCUACAACCCUGUAUCGUGCGAACCUUCUUGAGUCAGCGGAAGUAGGUGAGUAAUUCAUCCCGUCGGCGGGCUAAAUGGCCAUAUA